GGUGGGUGGAGGGAUGUAUGGCGGAGGUUUUGGAGGAUAUGGUGGCGGCAUGGGCGGUGGCAUGUACGGCAGCGGCAUGUAUGGAGGAGGGUAUGGCAACUACCCUGGCAUGCCUGGCGACCCAAAUCAACAACAGAGCCUUACGCAAACGUGGAAUCAAAGCACAGCAGCGACAUUUCAGAUUAUGGAGAGCAUCGUUGGCGCUUUUGGUGGAUUCGCGCAGAUGCUAGAGAGCGCGUACAUGACGACUCAUUCCUCCUUUUUCGCGAUGGUCUCAAUGGCCGAACAACUGGGUAAUCUACGGCAGACACUCGGCUCCGUAUUAGGGAUAUUCACCUUGCUGCGCUGGAUGCGCACUCUUCUGGCCAAAGUCACAGGCCGCCCACCACCAGCCGAUGCCACGGCACUGACCCCAGCAAACUUCUCAGCUUUCCUGUCCGGCGGAUCUAGCGUGCCUGCCACCCUACCCGAUGGCAGCCCCGCCCCUGCUCGCCCCUCGAAGAAACCCUUUAUCAUGUUCGCCAUCGCCGUCUUCGGCCUACCCUAUCUCAUGGGCAAACUCAUCCGCGCCAUGGCUCGAACGCAAGAAGAAGAAAUGCGACGCCAGCAAGAACAAAUGGCGCUAUCACAAACAAAUCCCAAUGGGGAACAAGUCCCCAUUGACCCCCGGAAACUCGACUUCUGCAGAGUUCUCUACGACUACAUUCCCGCCCCAAAUUCCGGUGGCAUGGACUUGGAAGUCAAAAAGGGCGACUUUGUGGCCGUCCUUUCCAAAACAGACCCCAUGGGCAACGCUUCCGAAUGGUGGCGCUGUCGAGCACGGGACGGGAAACAGGGAUACCUGCCCAGCCCGUAUCUAGAACCUAUCCAAACACCUGCACAACGACAGGCACAGAUUACCGAAGGUGUCGCAGCCUCGGCGCCGGGCAGUCGGUCCGCAACCAUGAGCGGGACGGAACCAAUGAACGCCGCGAAGAAGUUGCUCGAGGAAGGCGAUAGGACCAAGAGUAUGAGCUCCAUGUACCCUGGGUUGGCCGGUUUGAACACCCAAACUGCCACGGCCAUACCAGCCGGUGCCAAAGGUCCGGAAGUCAAGGGCAAACCAGGCGACAUUUCAGCCGAGAGUUUCCAGAAGAGCGCGUUUUAUUCUUGAAAUGACCACGGUGUAAAUAUUUCUCGAUCAUGUGGGAUUUUAUAAUUGAGCGAUUUUUCUCUGUUUAAUCUGCCUCUAUUGCUUUGCUAAAGGCGCAGAAAGGCUUGCCUGGUUCUGUGCAGCAUGCGCUGCGUAGCAGGCGGCUGUGACGGCGCGCGAAGGGAAAGAGUCGAAAAGUUGACAGCAAGGGUGAUGGAUCGCUGCUGAUGAGGAGAAGAACUACAUAUGACCAUCUCAUACGAACUUGAGGGUCGGGUCGGGUCGGACACUCAUCACAGAUACCUAGGUAGAUAUGGGCAAGAUAUGGUCAGGCAGGAAGAUGUAUAAGCGACAAGGUAUAGCCACAAUAAUAUAUUGAAGGGAAGCAAGGCAUUGUACCUCGAC